ACAGGCUGAGCCAAUGGCAAAUGUCCGUGAGCUCAGUAAUGCAGCAUGAGCCUGGUCUUCCCAUCCCUAGGAGUCUAUUGUAACUGGGAGCAGCAGCAGCGGCGGCCAGGAGCAGCACAAAGAGCGCACUGCACUGCUCAUCACUGCAGCACACACUGCACCGCACACUGCACUGCUCACUGCAUCCCACACUGUGCACCAUGAGCACCAGCAUCAGGUACAAGAGCAAGCUGCUGAAGACAGACGAGAAGGAGACAGCAGGGUAUGAUGGCUUCAGAAGUGGGUUGACAUUGGGCUCCCAUGAGGGCCGCCCUCAGACCCUUGCCACGGACCAAGAGAAGCAGUAUGUAGGGUUUGCCACUUUACCCAAUCAAGUCCAUCGCAAAUCUGUGAAGAAAGGUUUCGAUUUCACACUCAUGGUGGCUGGAGAAUCCGGCCUAGGAAAAUCUACCUUAGUGAACAGCCUGUUUCUGACAGACCUGUACAAGGACAGAAAGUUGCUCAAUGCAGAAGAAAGAAUUAGUCAGACAGUGGAGAUUGUGAAGCACACAGUGGACAUUGAGGAGAAGGGCGUGAAGCUGAAGCUGACCAUAGUAGAUACUCCAGGGUUUGGAGAUGCAGUGAACAACACAGAGUGCUGGAAGGCCAUUACUGACUACGUAGACCAGCAGUUUGAACAGUAUUUUCGGGAUGAGAGUGGACUGAAUCGGAAAAACAUCCAAGAUAAUAGAGUACACUGUUGUCUGUACUUCAUCUCACCAUUCGGACAUGGGCUGCGACCAGUGGAUGUGUCGUUCAUGAAAGCUCUCCAUGAGAAGGUUAAUAUUGUUCCUCUUAUUGCCAAAGCCGACUGCCUGAUACCCAGUGAGAUCCGCAAGCUGAAAGACAGGGUCAGAGAGGAGAUUGAGAAGUUUGGGAUAAAAGUCUAUCAGUUCCCAGAAUGUGACUCCGAUGAAGAUGAUGACUUCAAACAGCAGGACAAGGAGCUGAAGGAGAGUGCACCUUUUGCUGUAAUUGGAAGCAAUACAGUGGUAGAGGCCAAAGGCCAGCGGGUACGAGGUCGUCUCUAUCCAUGGGGAAUUGUGGAGGUGGAGAACCAGGCACACUGUGACUUUGUGAAGCUACGAAAUAUGUUAAUCCGGACUCACAUGCACGAUCUUAAAGAUGUUACAUGUGACGUGCAUUAUGAGAACUACAGAGCCCAGUGUAUCCAGCAGAUGACUAGGCAUGAAGAAAAUGAGAACACUGCACAAAGCAAACUGAAUCAGGAUAACAGGAUAGAGAGUCCCAUCCCCAUCCUGCCUCUGCCAACCCCUGAUGCUGAAACAGAGAAACUCAUAAAGAUGAAGGACGAAGAGCUGCGGCGAAUGCAGGAAAUGUUGCAGAAAAUGCAGCAGCAGAUACAGGAACAGUGAGCACUCCAUAAGGAUAGCCCCCUCAGAUUUCCUGCUCCCCCAGCCCCUCACUUCAAGGACCAGUUUGGAGAUGGAUGUGGUACCAUGGACUCAUUGCAGUAUCUUAUUUAUUGUUCUCAAAUACCCGUCCAAUAUGAACUCCUCCCUCUGUUGACCUCUCCCGUGUCUCUAGAACAUCCCUACAAUGGAGCCAAGCACUUAACAAAAAGGCUAAUGUCCACUGUGCAUUCCACUUAUGUCCUUUAUGCAUUGAGGAGUUGCAGCAAAUCCUCGUUUUCUGCAGCACAUUUGAGAAGAAAUCAGGACAACUGCAAACCCUUCUGGGAAACUGCACCCUUGGACAUAUUGGGUGAUAAAUUAUCAAGUUGUAAGCCAACAUAUCCUGUAUCUUCCACGUGCUCUGUCCUAUAACACAGACGGGGUGUUUCUGGGGAAGGGAGGCAGCUCAGUAAUUGUUUUCUACCUACACAAUACCCCUGCUCUAAAAGAAGCUUGUGUUAUUUUUAUUUGUACAGUGUUGCAGUUUCUUGGACUCAGGACUUGUUUCUUUUUUGCUGUAUCAAUGUUUACUCACAGUAAAAUGACUUGAGGAGUAACGUGCUAAUCAUUAAGAGAGCACCAGAGAGGAGGUACUGCCUGCAGAACAGCGCAGAGGGAUGUACAGAGCUGACAUUGGAUGCCUAAGCUCUUUGCCCAUGCUGACAUUCAGCAUACGAUCAGUCCCUGUCCAUCACGUCACGGAUACCACGCAGUGUUUGCUUCAUUCGGCAGUUGGAGCAAGUCUAGCGUGUUAGCACUGAAUAUAUAUCCAGGUGUUUGCCUUACUUAAAUACAUAUAGAUAUAGUCUCAAGUGCAAGCAGACAAAGGCAUUCUCUAGUCCCAAUUCCAACAAUCCUUUGCACGCUAGCAGUGAACAUAACAUGGACUAUACUGUGAUGAUAAGGAAGGGACCAAAUAUAUCACUAACAGACUGGGGCUGACCCAAUUACUACAGCUCUUCACUGUGGUUGGCACUCUUCUACAGCUACAUAGACAUUGAUCAGGAGAAGACAGUUAAUGCCCUGCAUGCCACUAACAGGUUAGGUGUAAUAGAAGAACCUGGUUAGUCGUGAGUGGAUUAAACAAGAAUUGUAUGGGGCAUUUUUAUCUUUGCAGUAACUGCCCCUCCCAACUUGCAGAGCAGUGUGGAUCCCUGGUAAGGGGAGAAACUCAUCUCUGCCGGUCUAAGAGGUCCCAUGUCAGUAACCACCAUCUCUAGGUGUUACCCAUUCUCCUGAAUGUGGGAGUGUAAGGUAUAUGAACACUGCAGUCCUGGUUGCCAUACAGUAUAUCCCUGUAACAAAACUGUGCAUAGAAAUUCAGCAUAAGACUUAGAGAGCCACCUGCCAUUCAGAGGUGAAAUGGUUAAUGGGAAGGAGGUAAGAGAGUUAUUUAAGGUGAUAACCCAUCAUUUCACUGGUGAGCUCAGUGUAUUACUUCUUACAUUACCAUUAUCUGCACACUAUUUACCUCACAUUCACACUUCAGUGCAAUGUCCUGUGGGACUUGUACACACUUAUAGCUGCACAUGUCCAUAUAUGCCUUCCUGCACAUACAAGUGUCUCUGUAUACUAUGCAGAUACAGGCCAUAGCUGUACUCUGCUGGGUGUAUAUAGACAUGCUGCUCUGCCAUGCACCAGGUUCUUAGUGCACAUCCUAUAUUUAUCCUAGUCUGACUGACGGACUGUAAGAUCAUUAAUAUCUCUGCUCAUCUCUACUGAAUGGGAAUUAGUUGUUUUGUGCCAUUUAUGAGAGAAUGCAUUUCACAUUAAAGUUACCUAAGGGCAAAUGUUAACCAAUGCAGUGCUUUAGUGAGAGACAUUUACCAACUCAAAAAAUUGCAGAGGUGAAAAUGAAGCGACUUGUCUACUGGGAUUGUGUUUACUUAUGUAACGAGAGUAAUGGGACACUGGCGGUUUCUUCAGGUGUCACAAUCCUACUUUUUGGUGUCUUCUUUACAUUGCGGGUGUUAAUGCAGUUUCCCAUAUAAAUUACACCUAGAUGGCACAAAAGUAACCAAGUGAAUGUAAUGAUUGAUGAGUGAUUACCUCUAAAGGGCCCUACAAAUUAAUAGAUCCGCCGCCGAGCUGCCUGACGGCGGAUACGCCCGACGGGCGACCCGACGGCAUGGGGGGCAGUGACGGGGGGAGUGAAGUUUCUUCACUCCCCCUGUCACCCGGCUCCAUUGAAGUGCAGGCAAAUAUGGACGAGAUCGUCCAUAUCGGCCUGCAUGCACAGCCGACGGGAGAUCAGCGAUGAACGAGCGCGGGGCCGCGCAUCAUUCAUCGCUGGUGACUCCACACUCAAAGAUAUGAACGGUAUCUCGUUCAAUAAUGAACGAGAUCGUUCAUAUCUUUGAGGAAUAUCGGCCAGUGUGUAGGGCCUAUAACUCAGAGGACUUGUAAGUAGUAGACUGGACCAGUUAUAUACCUCCUUAUUGCACUCUGUACACCUUGGAGCUGUAAUAAUAAGAAACAGCUUUUUGCUGUUCCUCCGCAGUUUUUCUUGUGUGUAAAUGUCCUUAAUUGAUAACCCUGAAUAGUUUAUGCCGUGGUUAAUCACCUCGGGCUUUAGCUUAUAGAUCUGUAGGGAAUGAAGGGGCAAGCAAACCUACUGCCUGUUAAUCCGGUGCCUCUGUUACCUUAUAUGUAAGGUGGAACCUUAUGCCCCACUGUCUAAUGGUAACCCACCUCCUACAGUGCAUAUCCACCCAGUGAUUAUUUUGUUAUACUGAUCGUUGCUGUAAUUAAUGUUUACAACCUGAGAAUCCUAAUAAACUUUAAAAAAUUA